AGUUCGCUGACGAAGCUCUUCGGAUGAGGAGCGAAACGUCCGACACCUUCUUCACAGAAGUACAGAUGACGUCUCAAGAAGCCUUUUCCUCGAUGGACAACUCCUGUACAACUGAGAGCCUACACAGACGCUUUGCUCUCGCAAUCAGUCAGAAUUAUCAUCAUAUCUGAUAUCACAACACAGGCCAGUUAUUGACUUUCAAAGUUUGGUUGAAAUGUGACUCUUAAAAAAGAAUUUGCCCCUUGAGCGUUCUGUUUAAUCAGGACUGCGCAGAUGUUCCUUCUUGCGGUUUGACCUUCUCAAGGCUAACUGCAAUUGCAGCCAUGUCGAAAGGAUGCAUCACCGUCACCAAGUACUUUCUGUUCCUCUUCAACCUCAUCUUCUUUGUCUUUGGAGCGCUGAUCAUGGGCUUCGGGCUGUGGGUUCUCUUUGACAACCAGAGUUUCAUUGCUGUUUUACAAGAAUCAUCAGACACGGUGAAAGUGGCUUCCUACAUUCUCAUUGGAGUGGGCUCUUUGACCAUGGCCAUGGGCUUCUUUGGCUGCAUUGGAGCCAUCUACGAGAUCCGUUGCCUCCUCGGUUUGUAUUUCACCUGUCUGCUGCUCAUCCUCAUCGCCCAGGUUACUGCCGGAGUGCUCAUCUACUUCCAGAGAGAUCGGUUGAAAAAUGAGAUGUCCAACAUCAUAAAGGGCAUGAUCAUCCACUACACUGGCCAGAACAGAACUACCGAGCACACUUGGGACUACAUUCAGAGAACAAUGAAGUGCUGUGGGUGGACUGGGCCUGGCAACUGGUCCGACAACAUCUGGAUCAAAAACAGCUCGCAGAACCUCUAUUCAUGUUCUUGUCGCAACGAGUCCCUGCCUGGCAGUGACAUCAAGACAGAAGGCCUGUGUCAGCACCUGUCCACAGAACUUCCUGUCUACGAAACGGGUUGCAUAACAAGUGUGGAGAAAUGGCUCCUGGACAACUGUGGAGUUAUUCUAGGAAUCUGUGUUGGAGUAGCAGUGGUGGAGCUUCUUGGAAUGAUCCUCUCCAUGUGUCUGUGCAAGAGUGUGGUUCAGGAGGAUUACAGCAAAGUACCUAAGUACUAAUGACGUGUCACCCACUCACAUAUACACACACGCAGAUGGACUCCUUCCCUCUGUGGCUCCCUUUCUUGCAUUCUUACAUACACACAGACACACAUGGGCGGCUGUCUCCCAUCUUGACAGCCGUGCAGUUUUCUCACGCUCUCAAACACACACAUCAAGUUUGACACACUUGUUGGACAUAAUUCGCAAGUUACCAUACCAUUGUUGUCUUUUUGUAAUUAUUAUUUUUAUUAUAUUAGUAUUUUUAAAGGGGACUAUGAUUUUUUGGGGUUUGCUUUUAUGGUUUUAUAUUUGACAAGUGAGAAUUUAGGAGUAAGAUUCUUUGUGUUGUCUUCCGCUGACCUCAACGAAGCGCUGAACAGAGUAGAAGAGGGACGCCGGGGGCCUUUCCUCGCCUCAGGGGCGCCACGAUGUGUGGGAGAUGAGAAGAUAGAGAGUGGGCGUGUGUGCCGCUGCCAUUCCUGCUGCACAGGGUGGGGGGUGGGGGGACUCAGGCAGGGCUGCUGUGGUGGAGCUUUUUGGCUUCCAUCACCAGUUCCUCGUACCCAGGGGCCCUUCUGUUUAUUACGCCCACCUUCUCCUCCUGUCUUUUGAUGCGUCUGACUGGUGUGCGGGACAUGGAGAUGCCCGUAUUCAUUUUUGUUGUGUAUAUAUGACUUUGCGAAAGGAUGACAGCAUUGUCACAUCAUCUAUCCAAGCGCUUGUUGUGAGAGUAAUCCAACCAACAUCAUUUCAAGCUGCCGGCACAGACAAAAACGGCAACAUAUGCAAUGUAACUGUCAAAUGUGUGCCCAAAAUUGAAUUUCCUUGCUCUGCCUGGUUUAUUUUUGGUAAAUCCAUGUUUGGUACAACGAUGAGAGAAAUCCCGUCGUCUCAGUUUUUCAUGUAAUUUCAAACAAGCCAUGCUAAGCAUGUUAAGUUAUGUAUGUUAUUCUAUGUGUCUCAUUCCAUUUCCCAACACAUUUAUUAUGCAGGAACAUGGACAUGAAAAAGUGUACUUUGUUGUUUUGCCCUUAACUUAAUGAGAGAUGAAGGCUUUUUUUUAUUGUCUUUGAUAUGUUUUUCAUGAUGGUAAAGAAAAAGUAUGCCAUUGUUUUUUUUUCAUGUGUUUUUCUUCUUUCAGAAAACCAGUAUUAAACAUGAAUCCAAUUA